AUGGGUAAGGUUCGGUUCAAGGAGCCGGUAUGGGAGCCUCGAAUCCACGCCGGCGCUCCCCCUCACGUGCUCGUGACCCAACUGGAGGCAUGGGAGGACUCCGCCAGGGACUCGCCGCCGACUUACAGCAUCUAUUCCGGCGCCGACCAUCAGUUCUUCGCCGUCAACUCCACCUCCGGCGAGCUCCGGACCAAGGAGCCGAUCACGAGGCCCGUGAACUCCACGUAUUUCGUGAUCGUGAUCGCCUACUGCAACGGGCAGUCCGAGAUCCAGCAGCUCAGGAUUUCCGUCACCGAGUUCAACCGGAAUCUUCCGAGGUUUCUGCAGGAUAUUUACCGCAUCGAAGUCCCCAUCUCCCUUGGAGUGGGGGAGGCCCUCACCCAGCUGGAGGCGACGGAUGGAGAUCCCCAGCCGUAUAACCGGGAGCUGAGGUACUUUCUGGAGCCGGUCGUGUCAGGGGAGCCGGAUGUGCUGAGUGUGGAUGUCGUCACCGGUCGAGUGUCCCUGGCCCGGCGGUUCGCCGCCGGUCACCCCCGGAUCCAGCGGUGGAACGCUAUCGUCCGAGACGGUGGCUCACCGCUGCGCAAGGGCGUCGCUUUCCUCGAACUCAUCGUGAAAAUGAUUUCC